AUGCUUGCUAUUCACGGGCCAUCACUCGCUCUCUCAUCUCAUGUCGAACUGGGAACUUCGCCGUGGAAAAGUAUUCGCGAUUACAAGUUCUGGAUUUCUGAGAAGCUUGACCGAGUAUUUGAGACUUCUCAGUUCCCUAACACGUUCUAUUUAAUUAUUUCUGUUUUGCACAACUCCCGGGAGGAAAAAGAUGCGGGAAGAGGCCAUCUUUUUGGAUUCAGAUUCGUCAAUUGA